AUGUGGAAAAAGCAAGCCUUCUUGUGCUGGCUCGUUAGUGUCUACGUCGUCGUGUGUCAGCUGGUCGCAGCGAAAGAAAACCAAGUACGAGAAGAAUACUUUAUCGCCGGUAGCAACGGAACGCUGUCGUGCGCCACGUCCGAGAAUCAGAACAUUAUAUGGCAAAAGAGUGGUGCCAAUACCACGAACCCACGAAUAUCAUUCCUUGUCGUAGAUAGCAGUGAAGCGGUUCGAAAAUGGUCGCUCCUCGUCCCAGAGGACGAAGCCGAAGCGGCAAAUGCCCCGAAGCUGUACUACACCCUGACCAUUCACAAUUUUACCAAAUCCGACGAAGGUAACUACACCUGCUACAAUCUGGAAAAUGGUCUCAACGUGACGUACAACGUGCGCACCGUAAUCCUACCAAAGAUCACACAAACUAGCAACGAAAGAAUUAGAACUAAGACGACCAGCAUCCAGCAGCUGCACUGCGUGAUCGAAGCGUACCCGUUGUCGUACUUCAACAACUCGAUCUACUGGCUCAAGGAGGAUGCCUCGGGCGAGAGCAGCCUUCGGGCACUGGCAAACAACUCAGCACAGCGGGUGAUCGACGACAGGCACCUCAAUGCCACGCUCACGUUGCGCGAUCUCACCAAGGCCCACAACGGGACGUACUCGUGCGUGGUGAUGGCUUCGGCGCAGCUGCAAGCAGACUACGAGGUGAAGAAAUCAAUGGCCCUGCUGAUUCUGGACGUGCCACAGGUGACGAUUGAUUACGCAAAGGCCGUUGGAGCGAACAAGAUCUAUCUCAACUGGACGGUGAACGAUGGAAACGACCCGAUAAAGAACUACAUCGUGCGGUAUCUGAAAACGGGCGAUCAAACGUUUACGUACUAUCGUGAGCAGAUUGGAGGAAACAACUCGCAUUACGUGCUAGACGGAUUCGAACCGGGGACGGAUUAUAAAAUCAGCUUGGGAGCGCUAAACAGCCAAGGCCACAGCAAGCACCAUGAGUACAGCGAAACGAUUCGUACGCUCGAUACCGACCCGAGCUUUACGCCGGAGGUGGAGGUUAAAGGCAGCACACACUCGACCAUGACCAUCGGCUGGGCUCCACCACCAGCUAAUCUUACCGAGUACAUCCAAUACUACGAGCUGGUCGUGUCACAUGCCGGCGUGAACGCCUCGAUCAUGAAGAAGGAGGCGUUCCACCCCCAGAACAGUCGCAACUUGCCGUACAUGUUCGACAAUCUGGCCACGGCCACGGAGUACACGUUCCGCGUGCGGGCCUGCAGCGAACUGACGAAGAUCUGUGGCAAUUGGUCGGAACCGGUUAAUGGUACCACGAGUGACGGACAGGCUUCGCCGCCUCGAAAUCUCGUCAUUACGUGCUCUCAUCACAACAUUUCGCGGCGUAACUUUGUGCGCAUUCGCUGGGUACAGCCGGAGAUUCCGAAUGGAAAGAUCGUAUCGUACCAAACGAUCCUGAGUGGAGUAGCCCAGUUUCGCUCGGAGCUUGGCUCGAUGAAGAGCGACAUCUGGGGACCCAAAAUCAAAAACAUCCUUCCGAACACACUUUCCACCGAGUACGAUAAUGUACCACCGAACACGAAUUACACCGUCAACGUAACGGCACACACGCGCACCAAACGGCCCGGUUUGGCGGCUUCCGCCACGUGUACCAUGCCGGCCACGACACCCGACAAUCUGGGCCGUUUGACCUGGGGCAAGCUGCGUACGGAGCACGACGAUUGGAUCUUCAAGCUGUUCAUGCCUCGACUGUCGGAACGGAACGGCCCUAUCUGCUGUUACAAGGUGUACCUCACGAGGAUUCAUCACCAUCACAAUGGAUCGCUGCCUGCGCCGGAAAACGCUCUCAUCACCAGCUACGCCGAUGUCCACUCGAUUAACAACACUCGCGGUGGUACCUAUCUGGCGGAGGUGUUCGCCGGGGUGAGCGACCAUUCGGAGGUAUUUCUUGGUGACGGUAAGAACAAUGCCGCCUUGGGCUUAUGUCCGCAGUGCCUACAAAUGCGCCCCCGUGUGCACGUGGACCCAGAGCGUUCCUCGCUGCCAUCAGUAUCUCCUGUUGCCGAGGACGAUAUACUACCAAACGCAACAGUUGCUUCCGGCGGGAGAACCGGUAACGAAGCGGUUCCGCUAGAAGACGAACGGAAAGCUUCCUCUAAUCACGAGAAACGUGACACGGGAAUUUAUUACCAAACACUGCCCCAUAUGGCAACUAUCUACGACGGUGUUCUUGACCCAACCAGCAAUUACACCGGAUUCGUGGAAGUAGUUGUGCAAACUGGCGAUGACGGUCGAGACUACUUAUCGACGUUCAGCGAGUACUUCCAGGAAAUGAAUGCUGGAGCACCGCCCGAAAGUGACGCCAAUGGGAACGAUCUUUCGCUUAUACUGAACAUCGUCAUUCAAGUUCUGCUAGUCCUGAUCGGCGUGGUGGUGAUAGUGCUAUUUGUGCUCUGCUUUAUUCAUAAGCACGUCAACAACAACAUUGUACAGGAAGGAGAGGCUAUCAGUUUGGGUGAUUCGUUGAGACGCGCUCUAUGCAAUGGUGGCCGCGGUGUUAAUGCUCAUCAUCGUCAUUUGCUCGGUUCCAGCAGUGCCAAGCCGCCGGUUCUUCCACCGAUUUCGAAAGAUGAUCUUCCGAAGGCGUACCAUGACAAGCACAAGGACUCGGACUAUGGCUUCCAGCACGAGUUCGAGCUGCUACCGGACAAGUUCGCCGACCGGACGACGAAAAACUCCGACAUGAAGGAGAACAUGCCGAAGAACCGGUAUCCCGAUAUAAAAUCGUACGAUCAAACGCGCGUUAAGCUGACCCCACUAAAUGGCCUGGCCGGAUCGGACUAUAUCAACGCGAACUUCGUUAUCGGGUACAAAGAACGCAAGAAGUUCAUCUGCGCUCAGGGUCCGAUGGAUGCUACGAUCAACGACUUCUGGCGCAUGAUCUGGGAACAGCACCUGGAGAUCAUCGUCAUGUUGACAAAUCUGGAGGAAUACAACAAGACCAAGUGCGCGAAGUACUGGCCGGAGAGCACGAACGAUUCCAUCCAGUACGGUGAGCUGCUGAUCACCUUCCAAUCGCUCACGUACUAUGCUGAUUACAUCGUGCGUACGCUUAAGGUCACCAAACGGUCCGCCAGCUCAGGCGAGGAAACAUCACGCGAAAUCAGCCAGUAUCACUAUUUGGCGUGGAAGGACUUCCUAGCCCCGGAGCAUCCGCAAGGCAUAACGAAGUUCAUCAAUCGAAUCAACUCGGAGUACUCGUUGCAACGUGGCCCCAUUUUGGUCCAUUGCAGUGCGGGCGUGGGACGAACCGGAACAUUUGUUGCACUCGACACGCUAACGCAACAAUUGAACGAAGAGGGCCAAGUGUUUAUUUUUAACACCAUUUGUGAUAUGCGAUAUCAAAGAAAUUUCCUCGUCCAAUCUUUGAAACAAUACAUAUUCUUGUACCGAGCCCUGGCCGAGUUAGCCUACUUUGGUGAUACCGAGAUUGAUCAAAAGUCGUUGGCUAGUACGAUCGAAACCUUGAAGCAGCCGUCUUCGGAGAAUGUCGAGAUGUCCCGGUUAGAGCUACAAUUCCAGCGUUUAAAAACGUUCCAAGAAGACACUCGGAAAACCACCGCAAUGGGCACGAGCGAAGAAAAUAAAGCGAAAAAUCGCUCUGACGCUUGCAUUCCGUACGAUAAGAAUCGCGUCAUUCUAGCUCCGAUUCCCGGACGAGACAAUUGCACCUACAUCAACGCGUCCUUCAUCGAUGGGUACGAUGACGAGAACAAUUUCAUCAUCACGCAGGAUCCGAUGGAGGAUACGAUCUUCGAUUUUUGGCGCAUGAUAUUCGAGCAGCGCAUCAAAACGAUCGUCAUGUUUUCAGAGAUCGGCGACGGUCCCAACAAGUGCCCCCGGUAUUGGGCGGACGAGGAGAUGAAGUACGAGAAUUUGCUGGUAUCAUAUAUCCAGAGCGAAAGCGGUCCUUACUACACGAAGCGAGAGUUUACCGUUACCAACUGCAAGACGAACGACACGAUCCACGUGACGCAGUUCCAAUAUAAUGGCUGGCCAACGGUGGAAGGUGAGGUGCCGGAGGUGACGCGUGGAAUGAUCGAAAUAGUGAACCAAGCGCAGAAGCAUAGCUCUCAGCAACAGGAUAUCUUUACCAUUGCCGUUCACUGCAGCCUCGGAACGGAUAAGAGUUCUCUUUUCGUUGCCAUGUGUAUAUUAGUGAUGCAAUUGAAGAUGGAGAAACGCGUCGAUAUAUGCACAGUUGUGCGUAAGCUGCGGGCACAACGUAGUUUAAUGAUUCAAACAUAUGCACAAUAUGAGUUCUUGCAUAGGGCGAUUGUAAAUUUUGCUGAUCUGUAUAAAAUAUCGCUAGGCAUCGUAAACGAUUGUUGAUAAGUCGCCGAUUU